CAGGAACUUUGACCUGCGGCCCGGUGUUAUUGUUAGGAGAAGCCACCAGUGCAGUAACCAUGUCACUGUGCUCUUUGGCCUUCGCCCUUUUCUUCACUGUCGUUGCUGGUAUCAAGUGCAAUGGGACAGAAGUAUGUGCCGGAAGCCCUGGUAUCCCUGGCACUCCUGGAAACCAUGGCCUGCCUGGCAGAGAUGGGAGAGAUGGUAUCAAAGGAGACCCUGGACCUCCAGGUCCCAUGGGACCCCCUGGAGGAAUGCCAGGUCUUCCUGGGCGUGAUGGGCUGCCUGGAGCCCCUGGUGCACCUGGAGAACGUGGAGACAAGGGAGAACCUGGAGAAAGGGGUCUUCCAGGGUUUCCAGCUUACCUGGAUGAGGAACUUCAGAAUGAACUCUACGAGAUCAAACAUAAGAUUUUGCAAUUAAUGGGAGUCCUCAGCUUGCAAGGAUCCAUGUUGUCAGUGGGAGAGAAGGUCUUCUCCACCAAUGGGCAGUCAGUCAACUUUGAUACCAUUAGAGAAACAUGUACCAGAGCAGGUGGCAACAUUGCUGUCCCAAGGAAUCCAGAGGAGAAUGAGGCCAUCUCAAGCAUCGUGAACAAGCACAACACCUAUGCCUACCUGGGCAUGGUUGAAGAUGAGACCCCUGGAGAUUUCCAAUACCUGGAUGGGGCUUCUGUGAACUAUACCAACUGGUACCCAGGAGAACCCAAGGGAAGGGGCAAAGAGAAGUGUGUAGAAAUGUAUACAGAUGGGACCUGGAAUGAUAGGAACUGCCUGCAGUACCGGCUGGCCAUUUGUGAGUUUUGAUCAAGCACUUAGAUAGAAAGAUAAAAUCCCACAAUAUCUUUAGCC